CCAUCCUUACCUUACGAGAAAACCCAAACAAAAAGCAUCCUUCCAAAACCCACUCACUCCUUAUUUUCAGCCACGUGUCACCGCGUUUUCCUCUCUGCUUCGACGGCGUUUACCAGUCGCUCUGUCUCUUUCUCUAUCUAUGUUCUUGUGCAACAAGCUCCAAGGUUUCUCGCUCGAUCCAUUUUUCAACCGUUACGACUCUCUGGUCAGCUCCAAAAAUAUCACCCAAUUUCUCAGCGCCUAAGCAGUGACGUCUUUGAAGUUUAUGCUUCGCCCUCAUGAAUUUUAUCUUCUUCCAGAUUUAGAUGGAUUUCGGACUCUAUGCAUCACUUGCCUGGAUUUUUCAUUCGUAGCAAGAAAGGCGGCCCUAUGGACCCUAAGAACCGCCGUAGGCCGAGGCUGGAUCGUCGAAAUGCGGCCAAGCACAUUGAGUAUGAUGCCUCCUCGUACUCCUCCUCUUUAGACGACUUGUCUUCCUCGUCUCUGGUUACUAGAUCUCUUGAUUUACCGGAUCGGACUAGUUUUAGGAUUGAGGGAACGGAGGGUGAGUUUGACCGCAUUUGUCGGAGCCUGGGGUUGUCUGGUCUUGAAGAUUUCGAAAUUCCGGCCGCGGCUUGGGAAGCGAUGAAAGUUCGGUCGGCGUCGGAUCUUCUCCCUAGGUCCAGAUUCCAUGAGGCGGAUAGUCCAAGGAUAGGGGACGAGAAACAACAACAUCAGCAGCUGCAAGAGCAGGAGGACAGUAAAUUGUGUGCUAGGGUUUUGUAUAGUGUGAGUAUUAGCGACGCUGCUGAGUUGACUCCGGACGAGCCAGUUCAGCCAGCAAAGUUAAAUGCUUGUUGUGGUCCUGCGGGGGGAAUCAAAGGGGCUAGGCCGCCGUUGUUGAAGCCGCCGCCUUCAAUGACAUUACCUGUGAUCGAUAAUGCUUGUUCUACUUGGGAUUUAUUAAGGGAUUUUGCCCCUCAAAAUAAUAGAGGUUCCCGUUCCUUGGCAUGGGCCUCUGAUGAUGAAGAAGGAGGACUAAGUGAACAUGGACUUGGUGCGACUGCUAUUAAGAGAGGAGAGGAGGAUAAUUUGUUGAGGGUCGGGACGAUUGCUGCUUUAUCAGAGUCUUGUUCGUUUACGACAUCCAAUGAUGAUGAUUCAUCGAGUACUACCACGGAGCUCAUGUCCAGCAUUUCCCCGAAUGAGAGAUUUAGAAGGAUUAUUAAUUACUGGGAAAAAGGAGAGCUGCUCGGACGUGGGUCGUUCGGAUCGGUGUAUGAAGGAAUCUCUGAUGAUGGAUUCUUUUUCGCUGUAAAAGAAGUUUCCUUGCUUGAUCAAGGAAGUCAAGGCAAACAAAGUAUUUACCAACUUGAGCAGGAGAUUGCACUUUUAAGUCAGUUUGAACAUGAAAACAUAGUUCAGUAUUACGGUACUGAUAAGGAUGAAUCAAAACUAUAUAUCUUUCUUGAGCUUGUAACUAAAGGCUCCCUUAUGAAUCUCUAUCAAAGAUACAAUCUUCGAGAUUCACAAGUUUCUGCAUACACAAGACAGAUUUUGCACGGUUUGAAAUAUCUUCAUGAUCGAAAUGUUGUUCACAGGGAUAUCAAAUGUGCAAAUAUACUGGUAGAUGCUAAUGGAUCAGUGAAACUUGCAGAUUUUGGAUUAGCAAAGGCAACAAAAUUGAAUGAUGUUAAAUCUUGCAAGGGGACUGCAUUUUGGAUGGCACCUGAGGUUGUUAAUAGGAAAAAUCAGGGUUAUGGCCUUCCAGCUGAUAUAUGGAGUCUUGGAUGUACUGUUUUGGAGAUGUUAACUCGCCAGAUUCCAUAUUCGCAUUUGGAAUGUAUGCAGGCAUUGUUUAAGAUUGGCAAAGGUGAUCCUCCACCUGUUCCUGAUACUCUUUCACAGGAUGCGCGAGAUUUUAUUUUGCAAUGCCUACAAGUUAAUCCCAAUGAUCGUCCUACUGCUGCACAGCUCUUAGAGCAUUCAUUUGUAAGACGGUCACUUUCAACAUCAUCUUCAGGUUCUGCAUCGCCUUAUAUUGGCCGAAGGACUUAGAAGCAUUUGCUCAGCUACAUUUCUGACAGAUAAUUAGUUCCUUCCAUGGCAAAGGAUGCGGACCUGUUUAUCCUGUUUGCACAGACAAGUGGGAGACUAGUUCUCAAACACAGUUUGGGGCAGCCAUUAAUUUUUGGUUGUGCAAGCUCUUAAGUCUGCGAGCUUGAUAUAAAUUAAUGAAGAUCAAAAUUUGAAAUGAUGUAGUAUCUGGCCUUGGAUCUUUAACUUCAUGAUAUCAGAAUGGUGUUCCGUCCGUGCGUCCUGCACUGGGUAUUUCGGCAUUAUCAUCUCACGGUUCUUGAUAUUUAGCCACCUGCCUGUUGUGGAAAGAUAAUCUCCUGGUACCACGUUCAAAUUUGCUAGUCUUUGCCUUCGAUUCUUUUCUUUUAUUUUCUUUCCUUCUUUUUUUUUACUGUGUGAAGAUCUGUAGGAGCAUGGUAUUGCUGCAAGAAAUAGGGAACAGACACCAUUGUGUACAUAUCCCAGUAUUUUUAUUGUAGUGAAUUUCAGUAUUAAUUGAAGUUUUAGUUUUGUACUA